UUCGGGGUGAAUUCAAGCAUGGGUACCAAACCAAUCAUACUCUGCUUAACUGCAGUGCUACUGACUGUUAAUGGGUGUCCAGAUGGCCUUGAAUUUUUGACCACCUUCUUGACCAACUAUAAGCAUGGUUCGGGAUUUGGAGCAAAAUUUCAGCUCAUCAUCACUGCCUAUGAAAGCCCAGCGGCUGUGCGGGCGUUAGGUCCAUCUUUCGAGAAGCAGUGGACAGUGAACAAAAGGACAACUAUCUGGGUAGCCUUGCCUACCACAGUUGAACUACCAGAUGGUGAAGGACUCAGUGACAAAGUAGUUCGAAUCACCUCUGACAAUUACGUCACUGUGACCACAUCCAGUCGAAAAGAUAACACUGGUGACUACAGCGUGAUCCUCCCGACACAUCAGCUUGGGCGAGAGUAUGUAGUGUUCACACCAGGCCCAAAACCAAGGAGUGCACUUUUUGCGAUUGUAAAUGGUGACAAAGUCAAUGCCAUUGAAGUCAAGUCUGCAGGCAGAAAUAAAAGGCUGCAAUUAAAGCCUUAUCAAGCCUUUCAGUUUUCAGACAAAAAGUCUUUAACUGGGACUAGGGUCAGUUCCACACAUCCUAUAGCCGUCUUAGCAGGGGCAGAGUGUACUAGAUUAUCAGGAAGAUCAUGUGAACACGUGUAUGAACAGCUUGUCCCUGUUGAAAGGCUUUCAACUCAUUACUUGGUCCCAUCUAUGGUUAGGUCUUAUGGCUACACUGAUUUUGCCUACGUGGUUGCAACUGAGGACCGUACAACAGUGACCAUUACCUGUGGGAAACGGUCCAGUAAUGACAAGCUGGCUGCUGGUGAAACCAGGGCUAUUAAGAUGAGAAAUGGUUUCCCCUGUGUUGUAAUCAGCAACAACAAAGUAAUGGUUAUGUACUUUGGAGAAAAUAAUCCCUAUGAUGUGUUUCUGACCACCAUUCUUCCCACCUCGGAGCUGUCAAACAGCUGGUCAUUUGCAUUUGAACCACUGUAUGAAAACUAUGCCUAUAUUAUCGCAGAAGCAAAGAACUUAAACACAAUACGGGGCUAUGUAGGAUCAGACUGGAAAACUUUUACGGCUGAUAAACAAUAUGUGUGGAGCAUCCAGAAGGUUAAGCCUCAAUUCUCAACUUUCACCAUUUCGGGAAAACUGUUAAUGGCAGUUUAUGUCUUUGGAGGUUCAGACAGGAAUGGUUAUGGCACAACUGCAGUCUGUACAGAAGGAAAAGCACCAACUCCGGCACCUGAUCCCUGUGAUAGCAUCACAUGUCGGGAAAAGGAGGAAUGCCGCGGUGAAGGUGAAUGUGUCGCCACAUCAGAGGACACCUGCCAUGCCCUGGGGGAUCCCCAUUACCAAACAUUUGAUGGCAGACGCUACGACUUCCAGGGUACCUGCACCUACACCAUGGCAAAGGUUGUGAAAAAGGAGAAAGGUCUCGUUCCCUUCACAGUCCUGGCCAAGAACAACCACAGAGGGAACCGAUGGGUGGCAUUUGUGAGGACAGUGACAGUGACUGUCUACAAUCACACCGUAGCCAUUAGCAACAGACGGGGACAGGUGGAGGUGGAUGGUGAAAUUGUUUACCUGCCCGUGGGUUUAGCUGGAGGAAAACUUGAGGUGGUCCAGAGGGGCAGGUAUGCCAUUCUGAAAACGGACUUUGGUCUGAAAGUCAGCUAUGACUGGAAUACGAUGCUGUACAUCACAGUUCCAAGCAGCUACUUCCGAACCCUGGGUGGACUUUGUGGGAACUACAAUGGUGACCGUGGGGAUGAGUGGACCAGCCCCUCUGGCAGUCGGCUCUCCUCAGCCCUUGAGUUUGCCAAGAGCUGGAAAGAAGUAGAUGGCGACUUGUUCUGCCAUGAUAACUGCCGUGGAGGAUGUCCCACUUGCAAACCAAAAAAGCAACAGAAAUUUAGUGGGAACAGCUAUUGUGGAAUAAUCAAAGACCCCAAGGGUGUUUUUGCUGAAUGCAUAAGCAAAGUAGACCCUGAAAUCUACUUCAACAAUUGUGUCUUUGACAUCUGCCUCAAUAAUGGCCUCACAAGCUUCCUAUGUGAUAAUGUAGAAAAUUAUGUUGACGCCUGUAUGGCCCAAGGCAUCAAGAUUGACCGCUGGAGGACUGUUGCUGACUGCCCAAUCGAUUGUCCUGCAAACAGCCACUUUGAUGCAUGUGGACCAGCAUGUGCCUCCUCCUGUGCUGAUAAAAAUGCUGCCGCCACCUGCAAGCUGCCAUGUGUAGAAGGCUGCCAGUGUAAUGCAGGCUUUGUCCUCAGCGGUGACACAUGUGUAAGAGAGACAUCAUGUGGUUGCACCCAUGAGGGUCGCUACCACCCACCUGGAAAGACAUUUUGGGCUGACAACACAUGUACUAAAAGAUGCACUUGCAACUCUGGAACCAUUCAGUGCACUAGAACCAAGUGCAAGAGUUCAGAGGUGUGUUCGGUGAGGAAUGGCGUGAGAGACUGCCAUCCCCUCUCUUAUAGCACCUGCUAUGGCUCAGGUGAUCCACACUAUCGAUCAUUUGAUGGGAGGAAAUUUGACUUCCAGGGAACUUGCACAUAUUACCUGUCAAAAUUGUUGAACACUACGGAUGAAAGUCUGGAAGCGUUUGAGGUUCAAGUCCAAAAUGAGAAUAGAGGCCGCAACAAGGCAGUGGCAUACACAAAGACAGUCCUGAUAAAAGUGUAUGGGCAUACCAUUGUUUUAAGCAGUGACAAUCCAGGAAGAGUGAUGCUUGAUGAUGUAUUUAUAAAUUUCCCAAUAACACUGGAAGAUGGGAGACUUUCAAUUGUUCGAAGUGGCUGGUCUGGAGUGGUAAAAACUGAGUUCGGCUUACAAGUCCAGUAUGACUGGAGAAGCUACGUGUCAGUUACUCUGCCUAGCACCUACAGUGGAGAGGUAGGUGGUCUAUGUGGAAACUUCAAUGCCAACGGCAACGACGACAUGCACAAACCUGACAACACCCCUGCCACAACUCCUACAGAGUUUGGUAAGAGCUGGAAAGUGAAGGAUGACCCACGAUGCAAAGACACGUGCCAAAAAUGUCCUGUUUGUGACAUUAACUCAGAACCAAAUAAACCAUACAGAGAGGCAUGUCGUAUUCUCACAAAUCAGAAUGGUCCCUUCGAGGUUUGUCACAUCAAAGUGAAUCCCCAGCCAUACUUUGAGGACUGUGUUUAUGACAUGUGCAUGUAUCAUGGCCACUCCUCAGCUCUUUGUGAUGCCCUCAGUGCAUACACUGCAGUUUGCCAAGAAGCCAAAGCCAUCAUCAAUGUUUGGAGAACGGACACAUUCUGUCCUCUAGCCUGCAAACCAUUCAGCCACUAUGAACUGUGUGCAGACAGCUGUUCUCAAACGUGUGGCACUAAGGAAGUCUGUGAUGCUACCUCCUGCAAAGAGGGCUGUCAGUGUGAUGACGGCUUUGAAUUCAGCAAUGGACAGUGUGUGCGGGAGGAACAGUGUGGCUGUCUCUACAAUGGUCAGUACUAUGAACACGGGCAGGUGUUUUUCCCUGGUGAGCAAUGUGCCCGGCGUUGUGAGUGUGGAGAUAAUGGCAGGGUGCAGUGCCAGGACAGCUUCUCCUGUGGUCCUGGUGAAGUGUGCAAAAUCCACGAUGGAACCAAGGGCUGCUUCCCAACAGACAAAGCAGCUUGCUCUGUGUCAGGAUCUGGACACUAUCAAACCUUUGAUAACAGGGUCUUCAGUGUUCCUGGAAACUGUAAGUACACAAUGGCAGAGGUUGUAGAGGACAACGAGGGAAAGAGGGUUCCCUUCAAUGUGAUCAUCCAUCAGCAAUCAGCAACUGAUGACCCAACAGUUACCAGAAGUGUCCAUAUACAAGUCAACGACCGCACACUAUCCAUGCUUCCUGGACGGCUGUGGGAAGUGAUGGUGGAUGGUGUCAGAAUGAAUCUCCCUCUUGAACUGGAUGAUGGGGAAGUGCAAGCCUAUCAGAGUGGCAUUGUCAUCACCCUUCAGACUGACUUUGGCUUGAAGGUGACUUAUGACACCAGGUCCAUGGUCAGAGUAGAAAUGCCAUCCUCUUACCAAGGCACACUGCGAGGUCUCUGUGGCAACUACAACACCAACCCAGGCGAUGACUUUGCUCUCCCAGGAGGGGAACAGGCAACGUCGGCAGAAGCCUUCGCCAAGGGCUGGGUCGUGGCUGAAAAGGGUGUGACAUGUCAGACCGGAUGUGGUGGCCAGUGUCCCUCCCCCCCUCCAACAGACAAACAGGACUCCAAAGACAAGUGUGACAUCUUGAAAGACACAAAGGGUCCAUUUGCAAAGUGCCACGCAACUGUGCCACCUCAGACGCAUUUUGACGAAUGUGUGAAAGACCUUUCAGAACAAGUGGGGAAAGACGAGGUCCUCUGCCAACACCUGCAGAACUAUGUUGCCAUUUGCCAGGAGGCUGGAGCCUCGGUCGACCUCUGGAGAAAUGACACAUUCUGCCCUAAGACAUGCCCAGAGAACAGUCAAUAUGAACUCUGCGCUGACACCUGCACUACCACCUGCGCCAGUCUAACAAAAUCUCCCAAGUGCUCACGCUGCCAGGAGGGAUGUGAGUGUAUGGAUGGUUUUGCAUUUGAUGGUGGGAUUUGCAGACCUCUUGGAGAAUGUGGAUGUGUGGUUGAUGGAUUGUACAUCAAGUCUGGGGAGACCGUGGUUACAGGAGAAGACUGUACAGAGAAGUGCACAUGUACAAGUGGUGUGUACUCAUGUGUGAAUACUGGGUGCCCAAAAAAUCAAGUGUGUUCUAUCAAGGAAGGUGUAAAGAACUGCUAUGACGUUGACCCUUGCGAGCAGAAAGCGUGCCGCGAAAAAGAAAAGUGUGUGAUCAAUGGCGCUGUUGUCCAGUGUGUGGCAGAGUCCCAGGCCAGCUGUUGGGCCAUGGGGGACCCCAACUACCGGACCUUCGAUGGCAAGACGUUCUCUUUUCAAGGCACAUGUUCAUACACCCUGGUUCAGACAAAUGGCCAAGAUAAAACACUGACUCCUUUCAGUGUAGUUACCAAAACGGAGUUGGAAUCCCAACAUAGAGGUGCCUAUUUGAAGACUGCAACCAUCAGGAUGGCAGAUGUCAAUAUCGUUAUUGUUUAUGGUGAUCCUGGAACAGUGAUGAUUGACGGAUCUACUCGAAAUCUCAACAAUCUCAAAUCGAAAUCUCUAACUCUCAACUCCGGAAAAAUCAAGAUUACCCAGAAAGGCUAUCAGGGUUUCAUCGAGACAGACUUUGGAGUGGAGAUCAUCUUUGAUUGGGGGGAGGACCUGAAGGUCAUUGUGUCAAGUAGCUACUUUGAUAACCUGGAGGGGCUGUGUGGAACCUACAACGAUGACCCAUAUGAUGACUUCUCUCUGCCCAAGGGCAACAUCGUCAGUGACCUGCCGAAGUUUGCCGAGGCUUGGGGUCUCCCAGAGACCAACCAGUCCUGUUUGCAUGCCUGCCCUGGUACCUGCCAAAACUGCCCAGAUGAGUCAGUUUAUAAGCAAAGGCAAUACUGUGGUGAGAUUGUGGUGAAGGAUGGGGCAUUUGCAGCCUGUCACGCCCAUAUUUCACCUCUGCCUCUCAUGGCAGACUGCAUUUACAACAUGUGCACCCACCCAGACAAGGACUUUCUGUGCACGGCCAUGGCCAACUAUGUGGGAAUGUGCCAGCAGAAGGGUGCUGAGGUCUCUAACCAGUGGUUACAGUCACUUAAUUGCUAAAUCUGAAGAGGAGCUCAGACGACAAAGAGAAGAAAGCCCGAUAUACGUACGCCACACCGAGUUGCCUUAUCAGCCAAUUCCAAAUCCUUUCUGACGCCUUGUCUUUUCACUUCAUACGUUUGUAAAUUUAAAAGUCAUUUCAUGUCUAAACCGAUAAAUUAAACUAUAUAGUAAACGAAUUUGAUAGAGUUGUCAUGACAAAUCAUAGUAUGUAAUCAGAUUUACUGUUCAUGUAUCACUCUUCUAAUCAAUAAAGUCAUUUUUCAUUCCAACCCUUAGUUGCCUUAUCAGCCAAUUCCAAAUACUUUCUGAUGCCUUGUCUUUUCACUUCAUAAAUUUAAGUCAUUUAAUGUCAAAAUCGAUCAACUAUACAACAAAAUUAAAUCGAUAAAGUUGCCAUGACAAAUCAUAGUAUGUAAUCAUAUUUACUGCUCAUAUAUCACUUUUAUAAUCAAUAAAGUAGUUUUUCAUUUCAACCCAGUUUUUAUUAUGUCUUUGUUCUCAUAUGCAUUCAGAAGAAUCACUUGCUUCCUCCUUAGGGGUCUUACACACCAGGGGUGCGAUUCUCAAAGUGCGAAGUAGCUAGUCUGUUAGCAAUGUUGCAUAGUAAAUACUAUAAAAGUUGCUAACUCUUGUGUCUCGAACGUUAGCACACAAAGUAACUACUGCUUGGAGUAAUGUGCACUCUGAAGUAGUGGUGACUUUGAAAGUGAGGUGCCUCCUAUCCGUAUCUGGACAGUGAAGUUGAAGUACAGCUGGAGUAGAUCCAUUGAGUCCAGACAUCACCUCAGCCACCCCAAGUAACACA